UAAAGAUCGAGCGAUCACGCACGCACAGAGAGACAGCGAGGAGAAGAAACCAGAGCGCGGCGAUUUUAUUAAGAAAUAAAGGCUGCCGGCGAGGCGUGGGCGCGGGGUGAAAAGCGCGAGGCGAUAGAGAGAGAUCACGAGGUGGGUUUUCUCCUCCGCCCAAUCCAUCCCACAACCCUCUCGAGGUACGGUGGAGCUCAUCAUCAGCAGCUAACUAAACUAAAGGGAAGAAGGCAAGGCUUCUUUCUCUCUUGGAUCGCGGGGUCACGGGAGGCGCGCGCGCGGGAGCUUGCUCGGUUGCUUUGCUCCGCGGCGCCGGCGGUGGGGGAAGGGAAGGGCAGGGAAGGGGAGGGGAUGGACCGGGCGGCGCUGACGGUGGGGCCGGGCAUGGACAUGCCCAUAAUGCACGACGGCGACCGCUACGAGCUCGUCAAGGACAUCGGCUCCGGCAACUUCGGCGUCGCGCGCCUCAUGCGCAACCGCGCCGACGGCCAGCUCGUCGCCGUCAAGUACAUCGAGCGAGGGGAGAAGAUUGACGAGAACGUGCAGCGGGAGAUCAUCAACCACAGGUCGCUGCGCCACCCCAACAUCAUCCGCUUCAAGGAGGUCAUCCUCACCCCGACGCACCUCGCCAUCGUCAUGGAGUACGCCUCCGGCGGGGAGCUCUUCGAGCGCAUCUGCAACGCCGGCAGGUUCAGCGAGGACGAGGCGCGUUUCUUCUUCCAGCAGCUGCUCUCAGGAGUCAGCUACUGCCACUCCAUGCAAGUAUGCCAUCGUGACUUGAAGCUGGAGAACACCCUGCUGGACGGGAGCACGGCUCCUCGCCUCAAGAUAUGCGACUUUGGCUAUUCCAAGUCGUCGGUUCUUCAUUCGCAGCCAAAAUCUACCGUUGGAACACCGGCAUACAUUGCUCCGGAGGUUCUUCUGAAGAAGGAAUAUGAUGGAAAGAUUGCGGAUGUGUGGUCCUGUGGAGUGACACUUUAUGUUAUGCUAGUUGGUGCAUAUCCCUUUGAGGAUCCUGAUGAGCCCAAAAAUUUUAGGAAGACAAUUCAGAGGAUAUUGAGUGUGCAGUACUCGAUUCCCGAUUACGUGCACAUAUCUUCCGAGUGUCGAGAUCUUAUCGCCAAGAUUUUCGUUGGCAACCCAGCUACCAGAAUCACAAUCCCGGAGAUAAGAAACCAUCCGUGGUUCUUGAAGAACCUCCCAGCUGACCUAGUGGACGACAGCACCAUGAGCAGCCAGUAUGAGGAGCCUGAACAGCCGAUGCAGAGCAUGGACGAGAUCAUGCAGAUCCUGGCGGAGGCCACCAUCCCGGCCGCUGGUUCCCGGAUCAACCAGUUCUUGAACGACGGUCUGGACCUUGACGACGACAUGGACGACCUUGAUUCAGACGCCGACCUCGACGUCGAAAGCAGCGGGGAGAUAGUGUAUGCUAUGUGACAGUGCAAAACCUCUCAACUCAGAAGGGAUAGGGUACCGCGGUGCUUGAUAGCCCGCCCACAAAUGUUACUUUGUUGUAGUUGGUCUCUGCACUUCCAAUGUUGUAGUACAACGGUUUGGCCUUUUGGAUGUGACCUUGUGUUGCUUCAAUGCUGUGUUGGCUAUCUCUGCUGAUUUGAGAACUGGUAGAUCAUCUGUAACCCGUGUCGUCACAUCAUGUUUGUACCAUGUAUAUGUGUUGUAGGCAAAUAAGAGACACUACAGUUUGAUCAGUUCCAUUUCGACCUUUCAGUUCA